AUGAAGACCCCCCUCCGAAUAGCAAUUCUCCAAUGCGACACCCCGCCCCCCCACGUCGUCGAGCUGUACGGCGCGUACGACCGCAUCUUCACCACGUUGCUUGAAACAGCCGCAUCGGGCCUUGGUUUGAAUCCCGAGAAGGACCUCGAGCUGAGCGCCUUUGACGUCGUAACUGCGCAGGAGUACCCAAAAAUUGAGGACAUUGACGCCGUCUUGAUAAGCGGAUCCAAACACAACUCAUUCGACAACACCCCCUGGAUCCUGAAGCUAGUUUCCUUUACAGAAACGCUCCUACAGCAAUCCCGGAUCCGGAUCCUGGGCGUGUGUUUCGGGCACCAGAUCCUCGGCCGCGCACUGGGCGCACGCGUCGGCCGCAGCGACGCCGGGUGGGAAAUCAGCGUUCUUCCCGUCCAGCUCAGCGCGCGGGGGAAGCAAGUCUUCGGGCAGGACACGCUGGCAAUCCACCAAAUGCACAAAGACAUCGUCUUCAGCACCCCUGCAGGCGUAGAGUCACUAGGCGCCAGCCCGGUGUGUGCGAUGCAGGGCAUGUAUGCUGCGCGGCGGUUGAUUUCGGUGCAGGGCCACCCCGAGUUCACCGAGGGGAUUGUGAGGCGGCUUGUUGAGAUGCGGCACCAGCAGGGGAUUUUCGAUGAGGAGCAGGCGCGGGAUGCGUUGGCGAGGGUGGGGAGGGAGCAUGAUGGGGUUGUUAUUGCGCAGGCGUUUUUGAGGUUUGUUAUGGAGGAUUAG